GUUGGUGGGGUUACUCCAAAGAAGGGUGGAACAGAACACUUGGGACUUCCAGUUUUUAACUCUGUUGCAGAAGCUAAGGCUGAAACAAAGGCUAAUGCGUCGGUCAUUUACGUACCUCCACCUUUUGCUGCUGCAGCUAUUAUGGAGGCAAUGGAGGCUGAAUUAGAUUUGAUUGUGUGCAUCACAGAAGGAAUUCCUCAGCAUGAUAUGGUAAAGGUGAAGGCUGCUCUUAAGAAGCAGUCAAAAACACGGCUGAUUGGACCAAAUUGUCCUGGUAUUAUUAAGCCGGGAGAAUGCAAAAUAGGUAUUAUGCCAGGAUACAUCCACAAACCAGGGCGUGUUGGAAUCGUUUCUAGAUCCGGUACACUAACUUAUGAAGCGGUCUUCCAAACAACCGCUGUUGGUCUUGGGCAGUCUACUUGUGUUGGUAUUGGUGGAGAUCCUUUUAAUGGCACCAAUUUUGUCGAUUGCUUAGAGAAGUUUGUUGCUGAUCCACAGACUGAAGGUAUUGUUCUCAUAGGAGAAAUUGGUGGUACAGCAGAAGAGGAUGCUGCAGCGUUCAUAAAGGAAAGUGGGACUCAGAAGCCUGUUGUUGCUUUUAUUGCUGGACUCACUGCUCCACCUGGUCGACGAAUGGGUCAUGCUGGAGCUAUUGUAUCUGGUGGGAAGGGUACAGCGCAGGACAAAAUCAAGAUCCUCAAGGAAGCUGGAGUUACUGUUGUAGAGUCUCCAGCCAAAAUUGGAGCCGCGAUAUUUGAUGUCUUCAAGCAAAGGGGUCUUGUGUAAGGGUUAUUAUGGUACUUUUCCGGUGGGAAUACUUACUAAGAUUGUCCAGUCGUCCUGAAAUGCUUCCUAGCGCUGAUGGUAACAAAGAUGAUCAUUUUUGCAACUUCAUUGAGUUUCCAUGACAUGUAGGAGAGCUCCAGAAAUAUCUCCAUUCAUCUGAGUGAUUUAUUGUUCAUCUUGUGCGUAGUUGAAGUUUUGAGAUUUCAAUUGUUCAAGUCUAAAAAUUUUCCUAGCCUUUGCUAUUUUAUCUUACAAUAAUGUCACACAACAACGAAACCGCUUGGUACAUAUCAGCCACCAAUUGUGGAUUAUAUGCAACGUAUUGAUCAUGCAGUUGAAUUAUUCUUUUCUGCUGAAA